UUCUUUGCUGUUAGCACUGACCAUACAAGCAGUACAGUAUUAACUUUUUUAUGAGUGGAAGAUCUGAUCAUCACAAUGGGGAGUUUUUUCACUAAGAAGAAAAAAGAUACGAGAAUCACCGAGCAAGACAAAGCAGUAUUACAGCUGAAGGUUCAACGUGACAAACUGAAACAGUAUACUAAGAAGCUUGAAGCAAACUUAGUGAGAGAAAAAGAAGCUGCCAGAGCUCUUUUGAAAAAUGGCCGUCGAGAGAGAGUUAAACUUCUUUUAAGAAAGAAAAAAUUCCAAGAAGGAUUAAUCCAAAAAACAGAAAAUCAAUUAGAAACAUUGGAACGGCUGGUCCAUGAUAUUGAGUUUGCACAGAUUGAAGCCAAUGUUUUACAGAGUCUUAAGGAAGGAAAUGAUUCCCUGAAGAAAAUGCAUGAGGUAAAAUUUUUCUAUCAUUGGUGCCAUUGCUAUAAACACAGCAUUAAAUACCAACAGGAAAUUGAUGAUCUGUUGGCUGGUGGUUUGACAGAAGAGGAUGAAGAUGAUGUCCUUGCUGAACUGGAUGCACUUAUAGAGGCAGACGUUGAACCUGCAAAGAAAGAAGAAUUACCUGAAGACAUUCAGUUGCCAGAUGUACCAGAAGAUAAACUGGAAGAUAAAAUUGCUGAAAAGAAGCAAAAGGCAGCAGAACCUGUGAUGGUUGCAUCUUGAUAUCAUCUUCGAGAAAGUAAAAAAACAAUGGAUGAACUCUUAAAAAAAAAAAUGAAUGUUAAAAAAAAAAUGUUACUACGAAUUAUUGAUAAAAGAAAGAUUUAAACCAAAUGCUGUGUUCUUUAGCAGCUGCAGUCUCUCAUUGUUCCCAGUGGUAAUAUGAAUGAUUAUAAAUGUUAUUGCUGAUAACUUUUAAUGGUCUGAUCAGUGCAAUAACUGAACUAAUGAUAGAGGAAAGCCAAGGAAGGAACAAUUAACUUAGAAAAAAGGAAAACAAGAACUGGAGACUGACAGAAAACUAAACUAAACCAAACUGGUGUCCAUUACCUGUCUUUCUUGACAUUGAUUAACACUUUUAAUUAUUUUGUAAUGUUAAAAAAAAAUUAACAAUAAUAAUAAUAAUUAUGAUAAUAAUAAUACAAUUGAUUCCACUUAAUUGCAUAGCCUCAGUGAAUGGAAUUCUUGUACGAUUUACCAAAUUUGUGUGGUAGAUGACAAAGUGCAAGAUUUCAGUAUAUUAUCAGUCUUAAGAUAUUGUGGAUAUGUUUCAUGUGUAUGGUUUAUAUAAUAAAACGUUAUUUACUUACAGUAUGUUUUGUAUCUAUAUAAUUUACUUAACGUUCUACUCUGUCUAUCCUAUCAAAAACAAUAAGAAAAAUAACUUGGACUUCACACAAUGAUGUUCUUCAGUUACUCAAACUUAGAUAGAUUUAUGUGUAUAGCCAGUGAUUUUCAAUUUGCACAUACUUACAUUUAAAGGUUUGCAGGUUAAUUAAUUGGGCCAAUCAUUGACUAAUAUUGUCAAUAAUGAAAACAAAAGAGUGUGUAUUCAUCACUUUAUUUAUAUAAAACAAACUUUUUACAAAUUGUAUCUACAAUAAAGAUUUAUGGAAGAAAUUCAUCAUGCAAUUGAUAAAAAAAUAAAUGUAAUUGAACUGGGAUCUGAAAUUUGAUAUGGAAUAGUAAGCAUACAUUGAAUACAUUUGACUAUUUUGGAACCAUGAAUUUCUGACUUCUGUCAUUUAACUCAGUAUGGAAACAGAAGGUCCCAGGAUCACUUUCAUUAUGUUAUUAUAUAUUAUAAAUGGUCAGUCAUAUGCAAGAUUUUACCAAUUUUUUUUUCUAAAAAUCAGUAAAAAUUGUGCACUUAACUGAAAUUGACUUUGCAUAUAGAAUUAAUUAUUCAAUUUUUUAUGGAUUUGAUGGUAAACAAUUUGUUGUCUUGUAAUGUUAUACAAUUAACCAAAUUAUGUAAUUAUCCAGUAUGUAAUUAAGUGGAAUUGACUGUAAAAAUAAUGCUGAUAAUAUUAAUAAUGAUAAUUAUAAUAAAUAAAGUUCUUGCUACUUAUGAUUUCUAAUAUAUUUUCCCAUGUGUUACAAAUUAUAUAAAAUGAAACAACAAAUUUACAGCAGAUUGUGUGUAAGUGUGUAUUUGUGUGUGUGUUUGUUUGUGUGUGUAAACAGCCUUUUUGUCAUUCUAAAAUUGCUCUAUAUUUCUAUGGUUAUUAACUGAGAAUCAAAGAUUGUCUCCUGCUUGUCAAUAUUCUGUACAUUGCAUUGUUAUUAAACAAUUGAAGCCUCUAAUUCAGGAUUCUAUUUCAACUUGA